AUGCCUCCAAAUAACGUUGACGAACAAGCUGCUGCGGUAGAAAAGGACGAAGCUCAACCCGAGCUGCCGCCAAAGGAUAGCAAUGACAACGGCGAGCCUGCACCACCACCUGCCAUCACAAUAGACGCUGCCCCUCUGUCAGCUGAGGACGCGCCGCCAGAGCCUGAGCCCGAGGCUCCGCUCCCACCGCCUCCUUCAACACCAUCACCACGUCGCUCUGCCUCUCUGAAAGGGUCUUCCGUCUUCAUCCUUGCCGCACUCGAGCAGCUUCUAUCAUCGAAAGACGCCAAGGGCUCCAAAUCUGCAGCAAAGGAGUUGCGAGAGGCGGCAGAGGGAGCCAGAGACCUCGUCAAGACGGUCUCCAACGAUGCUUCGACCAACUACGACCCUCGAGCAGUCUUCGAACCCUUCAGAUUAGCAUGCGACGGUAGCAAGAGCAUCUCGACGCAGACGACUGCCCUCGACUGUAUAGGCAAAAUGGUCAGCUACGGCUUCUUUUCUGCAUCUGCGGAUCAGGUGACAGCUGGAGGGCAGUCUCUGCCAGACGUCGUCAUUGGCACCAUUUGCAGCCUACAGCCGACAGCUCCCAGCUCAAUUGUCCUGCAGCAGCUCAAGGCGCUCCUCGCUCUCGUUUUGGCAGGCCUGGCGCGGCAGAGCUUCCUCCUCCAAGCUGUCAAGACGGCAUACGACGCCUUUCUCUACCAGAAAGAUGCUCAGACACAAGCAGUCGCGCAAGGAGUCCUGACGCAGAUGUGCAGCGCCACAUUUGGCCGCAUCAAGACGAAUCAACGCAGCCGCAAAGCCUCGCAAGAAGCCGACGAGAGCGCUAGCGAGCACCCUAACGGCAAUGAUGAGCAGAGCGGCGAGGAGCGCGUGACACUCAAGGAGAUGGAAUCGAGAGCUUCUUUUGACCAGGCAGCACCUGCGAUUGAUGGCACCAAAAUCGCUCCAACAGCUUACGAGCUGUCCGAGGAGGAGUCGCUCGUCAAGGACGCAUUUCUGGUGCUGCGCGCCCUCUGCAAAUUGAGCAUGAAGCAGACGGGUGCAGAGUCAGAGCGCGACCUCCGUUCACAGGCUAUGCGAAGCAAGCUGCUGGUUCUUCAUCUGAUCCUUGGCAUGCUCCGUUCCCACAUCGACGUCUUCAACGACACGGACCUCUCCCUGUCUAGCUCGACGACGGGUGAGCGGACCCCGCUCGUGCAGGCAGUCAAGCAGUACCUCUGCCUCAGUCUAAGUCGCAACGCCGUCUCGCCAGUCAACCAAGUCUUUGAAGUCGCAUGCGAAAUCUUCUGGGUCGUCCUCAGCGGGCUGCGUACCAAGCUGAAAAAGGAGAUCGAGGUGCUUCUCAACGAGAUCUUCCUGCCAAUCCUCGAGAUGAAGAGCUCGACGACGGCGCAAAAGACGAUCCUGCUCGGCAUCUUCAUGCGCGUCUGCCGCGAUCCCCAAGCGCUCGUUGAGAUCUACCUCAACUACGACUGUGAUCGUACGGCGCUAGACAAUGUCUACGAGCGGCUCAUCAACGUCGUGUCUCGCAUCAGUCAGACGCAGUUGUCGCAGGAGGCAAAGGACAAGGCGAAAGAAGCCGCCCUCAAUGUGGACGCGGAGCCGUCCCGCAGCCAGCGCAUGAGCGUGAGCUCGAGCGCGUCGGGGGCCGUAUCGCUACCGCCUGCCCUCUCGACGGCAGCGCUCAAUGACCCCAGCUCGCUCGACAUCAGCAGUCCGGCAGGAGACCACGCCAGCUCAGGUUCAGCAAGCGAGCCGAUGGAGGUGCGACUGAAGCGUCAAUCUCUCGAGUGUCUCUGCGCUGUGCUGCGUUCCCUCGUUGUGUGGUCGCAGCGCGCCGUAGCAUCCUCAAGCGAAGGCUCUCUGCCCCAGUCGAACAGCAACGGCGCUCUCAGCGUAGAAGCAAACGCGCAGCCCAUCUCGCCGCGACUGAGCGAAGAUGGUCGAGCGGAGGAAGCAGCGGUGGCGUACGACGGUACCGGCGAAGCAUCGAGAGUAGCGACGCCAGACUCAAGCCGCCCGCGUGGUGGCGAGGACGACCCUACGCGCUUCCAUGAGUCUAAGCAGCGCAAGACGACGCUGCUCGAGGGCAUUCGCAAGUUCAACCAGAAGCCAAAGCGCGGGAUUGAGUUCCUUCUCGAGCAUGGGUUCAUUCGAUCGAAACAGCCCAGCGAUGUUGCGAGAUUCUUGCUCUACGCGGAUGGCUUGAACAAGGCUCAAAUCGGCGAAUACUUGGGCGAAGGCGAGCCCGAGAACAUCGCGAUCAUGCACGCCUUUGUCGACCUCAUCAAUUUCGAUAACACAGCGUUCACUACCGCGCUGCGCCGCUUCCUCCAAGCCUUCCGCCUACCCGGCGAAUCGCAAAAGAUUGACCGAUACAUGCUCAAAUUCGCCGAACGCUACGUGGCUGGCAACCCGACUGCCUUUGCCAACGCAGACACAGCUUACGUCUUUGCGUACUCGGUCAUCAUGCUCAACACGGACGCGCAUAAUCCUCAGGUCAAGCAUCGCAUGACGCUCAAGGACUUUAUUCGCAAUAACGAAGGGAUUGACGAUGGCAAGAGCCUGAGCGAAGAGUACGUCAAGGCGGUGUACGAUGAGAUCCAGACGAAUGAGAUCAAGAUGAAGGAUGAACAGAUGCAAGCGGCUACGACGGCGCCUGCUCCUACUGGCGGGCUUGCGGGCGCGAUUGCUACGGUUGGAAGAGACUUGCAGCGCGAGGCGUACGUUUUGCAGUCGGAGGGCAUGGCGAACAAGACCGAGGCUUUGUUCAGGACGAUGGUCAGGGCGCAGAGGAGAGUGAGACCGGAUCAGCGAGCAGCCGCAGAGCAAUUCUUCUCGGCCUCGCAUUUCGAACACGUCCGCCCGAUGUUCGAGGUAGCAUGGAUGGCCUUCCUUGCGGGUAUCUCCGGCCCUAUGCAAGAGUCAGACGACGCCGAUACCAUCGCGCGCUGUCUCGCCGCCUUCAGAGAUGCGAUCCAUAUCGUCUGCCUCUUUGGCAUGGAGCUGGAGCGCAACGCCUUUGUGACCACGCUGGCCAAAUUCACCUUCCUCAACAACCUCGGCGAGAUGAAGAGCAAGAACGUCGAGGCCAUCAAGACGUUGCUAGGGAUCGCACAAACGGAGGGCAACUACCUCAAGGGGAGUUGGCGCGAGGUGCUUGCUUGCGUGUCGCAGUUGGAGCGAUUCCAGCUCAUUUCAGGGGGCGUGGACGAGCGUCAGUUGCCCGAUGGACGUAAAGCUCCGAACGCAGCUCUGCCCGAUCAGCAAGUCGUCGAGGCCGGUGUGUCGACUGAGGUCACCAUUGCGGCGGACAUGGUCUUCUCCUCGUCGGCUCGCUUGUCUGGCGAGGCCAUCGUCGACUUUGUGCAAUGCCUGGCCGAGAACUCCACGGAAGAGAUCGUUUCGUCGGGAAUGACGGACCAUCCGCGCCUCUUCUCGCUGCAGAAGCUCGUUGAGAUUUCGUACUACAACAUGAACCGUAUCAGGCUGGAAUGGUCCUCGAUCUGGGCCGUUCUGGGCCAGCACUUCAAUCAGGUCUGCACUCAUACGAAUCCGCGCGUAUCAGCCUUUGCCCUUGAUUCGCUGCGACAGCUGUCCAACCGCUUCCUCGAGCUGGAGGAGCUGCCCCUCUUCAAGUUCCAGAAGGACUUCCUCAAGCCGUUUGAGUGCACGAUGCGCAACACCAAGAGCGCCGAGAACAAGGAGAUGGUGCUUAGCUGCUUGCAGCAGAUGAUUCAAUCGCGCAUUCAGAACAUGAAGUCGGGCUGGCGAACGCUGUUCGGGACGUUGGGCGCUGCUGCCAAGUCGAACGAAAGGGUCGCGACGCAUGCCUUUGAGCUUGUGCGCGGGCUGUACGGCGAGCAUUUCGAUCGGAUCAUCAUCGCUGGAGCAUUUGCUGACCUCACCGUCUGCUUGACCGACUUUGCCAAGGCAACGCAAGCACAAAAGAUUGCUCUGCGCAGCGUCGAGGUCCUCACGUCGCUCGUUCCCGCCAUGUUGGGCUCACCCGUCUGCCCCCUGGACGCUGAAGCCGAUCCGGGACCGCCGGCCGCCCAACCGCCAACGGACGACCCCAUGAUUCGCUUCUGGUUCCCAUCGCUCUUUGCGUUCUACGACAUAGUCAUGAACGGCGAUGACCUCGAAGUACGACGCGUGGCUCUGGACGCCCUCUUUGACAUCCUGAAGCGGCAUGGCUCAACAUUCAGGCAGGACUUCUGGGCCACCGUCUGCCAGGAAGUCGUCUUCCCCAUCUUUGCGGUUCUGCGCUCUCGCUCCGACAUCUCGCGCUUCAGCACGCAAGAGGAUAUGAGCGUCUGGCUCUCGACUACGAUGAUACAGGCGCUGCGUAACCUCAUCGCGCUCUGGACGUACUACUUUGAGACGCUCGAGGAGCUGUUGCCCAAGCUGCUCAGCCUGCUCUGCGCUUGCAUUUGCCAGGAGAACGACACGUUGGCUCGCAUUGGGACUUCUUGCCUUCAGCAGUUGCUGGAGAACAAUGUGCAGAAGCUCUCUCCCGCCCAGUGGACCGAGGUCGUCGACACGUUCCUCGAUCUCUUCAAUACAACGACGGCGCAUCAGCUCUUUGACCCUGCCCUGCGCGCCGACGCCACCACUUCGUCGUCAAACGUCUCGUCCCCCUCGGCGGGCCCGAUGAGUCCAACGGGCGGAAGCAAUGGCGAGAUGUCCGGUACAGAGAGGCGACGGGCUUUCAAGCAGAUCAUCGUCAAGUGCGUGCUUCAACUGCUGCUCAUCGAGACGACUCACGAGCUUCUGCAGCGACCUGCUGUGUACGAGCUGAUUCCGCCCUCGGAGCUAUUGCGCCUCACCUCGGUCCUCGAGUCGUCGUACCGCUUCAGCAAGCGUUUUAAUGCGGACAAGGACCUACGCAUGGCGUUGUGGAAGGUCGGCUUUAUGAAGCAGCUGCCCAAUCUCCUCAAGCAGGAGAGCUCCAGCGCUGCGACCCUGAUCUCGGUGCUCGUCCGCUUGCAUGGCGACCAACGCCCCUCGCAUCGAUCCAUGCGGGCCGAGGUUCGCAAGACGCUCGUGCCGCUAGGCGAGGAGGUCAUCAACUCCUUCCUUCCCCUGGACGCCGAGACACAAGCGCGCAACGUCGCGGCGUGGAGUCCGGUGGUGGCGGACGUGUUCCGCGGCAUCUGCACCUUCCAUAACAUGGGCGACGAUGAGGUGGUCGGGGACGAUGAGGGGCAGGACGUCUUUGCUUUCCACUCGAGGCGAUACUACAGCUAUGCGGUUGACCUCUUGUCGAAGGAGCCCCUCGCUGCACCGAUCGGCGAGGCGCUGCGUCGCUUCUUCUUCAUUGUAGGGGUGAACAACGGCCUCAUCGACGAGCAAGUGGAUCGCGACAGGCGGCAGAGGGCGGAGGAUGCGCGCGAUCAGGAGAGGAGGUUGAAGGGGACUAGCAUGGAGAAUCUGGCCGCAAGUCCGGUGCUGCUGAGCAACAGUGGCGGUACAGGGGCAGCAGCACAGCGAACCUCGUCAUCGUCGUCAUCGAAUAUGGCGAGCGCUGAUCUGCGUCGUACGUCAGCGCAGCAGCAACAGCCGUCGCACCUUGAUUUGCCUGAGUCGACGGUGGACACCGUGGGGACGACGUCGACCGAGGGUGCUACUUUCGCGCCAACACCGCCGGGUGAGGCAGAGGCGCGGUGA